AUGUGGCAAUCUGAUGCUGAACUAUUUCUUGAAGAGCUCAUUCGCCUUGAGGGCCGCGGAAGCCACACACAAGAUACCUGCUUCUGUGGUAGCGAUGAACCGUCCCUGUAUAGAUGCAAGGACUGUCAUGGUGUUGAACUGGUGUGCCGCCAGUGUGUCCUAUACACCCAUCAGUGGCAACCGUGUCACCGUAUCGAACAUUGGAACGGAAGUUUCUUUCAAAAGAUAUCACUUAAAUCCCUUGGGCUACGCAUUCAGCUUGGACACCGCAUUGGUCUCAGAUGCAACAAACCAACUCCGGCGUCGAAUGAUGAUUUUGUCAUUGUCGACGUCAAUGGUGUUCAUGCCGUCGGGCUUGAUUUUUGUGGUUGCCAAACUGCUCAAGUCCAUGUCACUCAACUUCUCCAAGUCCAUCUAUUCCCUGCAACAACAGUCAAACCUAAGACCACCGCAACAUUUCGCGCACUUGAACACUUUCAGAUCCUGUCCUUCAAAUCAAAAGUGUCUGCCUUCGAGUUUUAUCAGACGGUGGUGCGAUUGACUGACAACACAGGCAUUCACAUCACAAAGGCAUGUUUUUUCUAUUCUUGCCUGCUAGACAACUACUAA